GUUCACAGCAGUUUUACGGGAGAUGGGCAGGAAUAUCAAGUAGAGUGAACAGGCUGCGAGACAGUAUGAAAAGGUACAUUUUUUCCGCAAGCCUGGUGAUUGCUACUUUGCUAGUAUGGGUUAACAACAUUAAAUUAUUUGGGAAAUACGAUUCAAAUACCAACCAAAGGACCAAGGCAUUACGUGUUGCUGGCAUACCGAACAAUCAAAAACAAGUUCAUCACAUCUUUUAUCUCAAAGUUCAUAAAACCGGAAGUUCAACUGUGCAAAACGUUUUUCUGCGGUACGGAAUAGACCGGGAUUUGACGUUCGUUGUACCAAACAACAGUUUCGGAUACCGUAACGUAAUCAGUUAUACAGACACUGCAGUUCCUGGAUAUAAUAUCAUCCCUCCCCCAAAAGACAAACAUUUCGAAAUGUUGUGCUUUCAUGUUAUAUACAACAGAACUGCUCUUGAUAAAAUUUUGCCAAAUGAUACGAAAUAUGUUGCAAUUGUUCGUGAACCUUAUUUACAGUUUGAUUCUACACUUCGCUAUUUCAAACAUAUUUUUGGAGACGGUCAAAAUGUUAGUACCUUCCUAAAAAAUCUCCAUUUGUACAAGAACGAAGACGUGAGAGGGUCAUUUACAAAUAACAGAAUGGCUUUUGAGUUUGAUUUUCCUGAAUCUCUGUUUAGAGACUUUAACUCACAUAAAACUCAGGAGUAUUUAAAGAAACUAGAUGAAGAAUUUGAUGUGGUCCUCGUGAACGAAUACAUGGAAGAGUCAAUUGUUCUUUUACGAAGAAUAUUAAACUGGAAGGUCAAGGAUGUCAUAUUUUUGAUACUUAACAAAAACAACGUGUUACAAACACUCGAUAAUACCGAAUUAGAGAAAAGACAAUUGUAUCGUCAAUAUGCAAAGCUUGACUAUGCUCUGUAUGAAUUUUUCUUUGAAAGACUGUGGCGGCAAAUAAAUAUCUUUGGACAGGAUAUAUUUAGAGAAAUUUCUUAUUUCAAGUCACUGAGAAGAACCGUGGAGAACUUUUGUUUAACCGAUUCCGGUCCGUUUAUCUUUGUACAGAACUCUACGUGGAGUGAGUCGUUUCGUGUAUCCAGGAAGGACUGUGAUGACAUGCUGCGACACGAAAAUGACUAUGUAGACAUGAUAUUGCCAAGACAGUAUAAAUGAAAUAUGCAAAGGCAUAAUCAGUACAAUAUUAAUAUUUUUGAGAUAUCAACCCCUUGCAAAUAAACUACACCAAAGCAAAGGCAUCUGACAACAUUUAAGUUAUCUCGUGUUAAUAUAUACACACAUACCGCCUAUCAGAUUAGGAAGGGGUACAAUUUUAAAUUACGAGAAAAGCUGGUAACGGCAGGUGCUUGUGAUUCGUAUAGCAAGCAUGAACAUGAAUAUUGUAAAGGCAGCAAAAAUAAAAUCAAACAUACAUACAAUUGAAUAUGUAGAUACCAGUUGACUACAAUCUUUUAAUGUUUAGGAAGCCCAUAUAAAAUACACCCCAAUUAAGGUGUACAAGCAAACAUUAUCAAAACAUAGUGCAGAAUUGAGUAUGUCAACAUACUUUAGUCAAAGCAGAAGAAAACAAAUAUUCAUAAAUUGUCAGUAAUUUUUUUCAUAAAGAAUUCAUUUCAUUAAAAAUGUCAUUUUAACAGAUGUCACCUUGUGAAACUCCUGGCUUGGGUAUCAUUAUCAAUGACUUUCUUAGGUAACCAAACAGAUACUAAGCUAUUGAUAGAAAUAAAAGUACUGAAAAAUGCCGCGUUUAAUAGUAAUAUCAUUUUACUUAUUUCGAUUUUCAUCUUUACUUUGUAAUGUCACUCACAUGACACGCUUUUGGCAAUAUCUGCUUAUGUAUCAUUAUUUCUAUGCACUGAAUAAUCUUCAAUUACACACUAAUCUUAAUCUAUUUAUUCGCUUGACAGAUUCAAAGGAAAUAUGGAUUUCGAUGGUGGAAAUGCAUCUUCUCCUUGUGGCAAUUAACUAAUAAAAUGGCGUAAGCAAAAAUAUGGAUAAUCAGUUAUACAUGUAACAGCUUUUUCCUUUGCUUUAUCCGACACUUUCCUCAUUGAUCAAUAUUAGAGGAAUAAAAUUAUAAUAAAUCAUAUUUUUUCCUGGUGUGACCUUUCACAUCAAUUUUGACAGCUGUGCGGAGUGUCUCCUUUCCACUAGUCUUUGCAAACCAGUGGCUCAGUUGACUGAUAGUGCGCUUCUUACUUUUUUCUGUGUAUUGCAAUAAAAACAAUC